AUGGAGUACACACCUGAAUGCAAUGGCUACCUGGAGUGCUACAAAAGCCAGCACUGCUAUGACUGUUCUGACAGCGGGUACUCGGGCUUCUUCCAGAGUGCUGUGGGAGUUGACUCCUGCAGAUCUCCAGAAGACUUCAAUGAAACUCCAAAGGAGAACCUCAAGCUCUCAGCCCAAAAAAGCCCAAAAAACAACUGCAGAGAAUCAGUCUGGUCUUGUGGGAGAGACUCCAGGGAAGUACUGCAACCUUCUCCAUUCAGGUGGUGUGAAACUCCUAAAGUGUAUAAAAGAGAUGCCUCAUUACGGCACAGACUUCUCGUGUCUAAACCCACCACACUCAAAAACGACAACUCCAGAUCACCGUGCAUCAGGAUGAGUGAAUCCUCCGUUGGUGCCAGGUCUGAGCGCUGGCUCAGUGUGUCCUUUGAAUCUCUAGAUCUUACAAGCCAGGAGCUAUCAAACAGUUUAACACUGGAGCAGGAUGUGCCUCUCUCCGGUAGGAAACGUCGUCUGCUCUUCUCACAGGUUAGGACCUCCACACGUGAAGAUGGUAAACUCAACACCGGCCCCCUCACUGCUUUUGAGAGAACUACUUCAUUCACAGAAAGAGAUUUCAGCGGGAGCAAUUCUCCUUCAGAUCAAUUUACUAUGAAUACUUCAUGCCUUGGCACAUUUCUACCAGCUUUAACAACAGAGAACUCUCAAUCACCAGUAAGCAGAGGCGAAAAUAUCCUGUGUGACAGCUCAAGCGCGUCGUCCACACCCUCAUUCACGCAAACGCCCAAAUACACCAGGUCUCUAUAUGAGGACAGUGGUUUUGGUUCCCUGACAACAGAUAAAUCCCAAGACUCCUCAGUUAAUCAUGACGGUUCAUACCAGGAGCUUCUCACGUCGGCCUCCAGAGGAAACUGUGAAACCCCCAACCUGGCAGAUGCAAAAUGGCGCUCUCGUCUGCAGCGUCAGAACAGGCUCUCUACCCUCAAAGAAGGUGGCUCUCAAUCUGAAGAAGACUCGGUGGAUAGAAAGCAUCACCAGAAGUGCCACAGCCAAUCUAAAGAGGAUGAUGUUUUUUCUGAUGACGCCACUCCCCGCAGCGUCCCACCUGCUACAUGUAAAUAUUUUAAUAGUCAGACUUCUGCAAAGUGUGACAAUACCCCACUCAGGACCACUACAGCCAAGACGGAAAAUGUAACACCUUCUAAUCCGGCCAUCACUCCUCUCAGGACAACCCCGAUCAAUCUGUCUCUGACUCCAGCCUUGCAGCUGGUUCACAAAAUUUGCCAAUACAAACUUCAGAUGAUGGCUGGGCAGAGCCAGAGCCUGAAAGAAGAGUUGAAGUCCACAGCAGCGCUGGCUAAGACCCCGGUGAUAUUCGGGACAACGAUGCCGCUGGCAGGGCUGAUUGGCAGAAAGAUGGGUCUGGGAAAGGUGGACAUCCUCACCGAGCUGAAAAAGAGGAACCUCAGGCACAUCCUGGCCGUUAUAUUCAGCAAGCUGGACUCUGAGAGCCUCUACAGGUGUACGUGGGUGUGUAAAGGCUGGAAUGAAAUCAUCCAGCAGGACAAGCAAGCUAGCUCGAGGAGAAGAAGCCACCUGAGGAAAGUAGAGGCUGCUGUUGAGCUUGGUGCCGCUGUCCCCAGCUCUGAUGCCGAGACCAGAGUUGCUCUGCUGAAGAGGUCAGCCUUAAAGACGGUCCAGGCCCAGUCCAGAACCUCCAGCUACUGCACCCCGCAGUCCGCAAAUGACGUUUUAACCCCAUUACAGCACAGCGCCGUACGCUCAGGUGGCAGCGGCGGCGGCAGCAGCAGCAAACGGGAUAAGUUCCUGGAGGUUGCCAAAACUCUCUUCAAUGAUGAGUGCCUCAAAGCUUGCCCAAGAUGUCAACAUCCUGCCAGAUGUCAUUCAGUGAGAGGGGAGGGCGUGUGCAGCAGGGAGGACUGUGGCUUCCAGUUCUGCACAUCGUGCUUGUGCGCUUUUCACGGCUCCAGAGAGUGUGGCAGUCAGUCUGUGGGCCGUCGCAAGAAGGACGAUCUACUUCCAGGGAGCGCUCGGAGCAAGAGGAAUGUUAGGAGGCUAUAAGUACAGCGUGUACUCUGCCCUCAUGCACUAUGCAAAAGUCACUUUAGCUUUUUUCUCUUUUAACUGACUAUUUGAAAAUGGCAAAGAUGAGUUAUUGACAGCCAAUACAUAAGCACUGUCUGUACUAUUCACUGUUUGUGCCUGUAUA